AUGCCACCAUUCACAGAAUUCGCAGUGAAGGAGAAAUACACUUACCUCCAUGGCUUCGACAGCUAUCAUGAAACCGAGGCCAUUCCAGGUGCGAGUCCACUGGUCAACAAUUCUCCUCAAAAGCCAUCGUAUGGCCUUCGAACAGAAAGAAUCUCGGGUACAUCUUUCACAGCACCAAGGGAGCAACUCAUGCAGACAUGGAUGUAUCGAGCGAAUCCUUCCCUGGAUCACAGCAAGUUUGAGCCAAUUCAAGGGGCACCAGCGGUUCCCAGCAAUGUGACGCCCGACUCCUAUAUGUGGCCGACGUUUCCAGGGGAUGACCAAGCCGACUGGACGAAACAGAAGCUGCUCGCUCGCAACGGGGAUCCAAUGGCGAAGACAGGAACGGGGAUAUGGGUCUUCAACAUCGCCAAAGACAUGGCUCCACGAACGGCAUUCUCUUCUCUGGACGGAGACUGUCUCAUCAUCCCACAAGCCGGCGCCCUCGAUAUCCAGACUGAACUGGGCAAGUUGCUCGUCAGGCAGAACGAGAUCGCCGUCAUCCCUCGAGGCAUUCGAUACCGCAUCACAUUGCCAGCAGGUCCAGCCCGCGGGUACAUCUGUGAGCUCUUCCAAGGCCAUUACAAGCUUCCAGAUCUCGGUGCUAUCGGAUCGACCGGUCUAGCGAACGUUCGUGAUUUCCAGAUCCCUAAAGCGUAUUUCGAGGGGCAGUUGCAUCAGGGCACUGCGUAUGCCAACGAUGAGGGCGAGUGGACCAUCAUAUCUCGGUUGGCCGGCCGACUGUGGUCAUGCACGCAGAAUUCUACUCCCUUCGAUGUUGCAGCGUGGCAUGGCACCAACUACCCCUACAAGUACGAUCUCGGUCGCUUUUGUGUCCUGGAGAAUGCUGCCUUCGACGAGCACGACCCCUCCCUGUAUGUCGUGCUCACAGCACCCACGUACGCAGAGCCAGGCCACGGAGUCGUUGACUUCGCAUACGUGCCGCCGCGCUGGAAGACCUCUGAAGACACUCUAUGGAUCCCCUACUACCACCGAAACGCAAUGAGUGAGUUCUUUGGCCCAAUCAUCACGUCGCAAGAUCCGAAGCAUCCUUUGAAUGUGGCCAGUAAGAACAAUGAGUUCGCGCCAUUUGCGGCCGGUCUAAACGGAUGUUUGACUCCUCAUGGUGCAUCGGAAGAAGAGUUUCAGAAGGCAUCAAACCAGGACCUCAAGCCGAGGAAGGACAUGAAUGAGGGCAUGUCGAUAUUCUUGUUAGAGACUUAUCUGCCUCUGUACGUUAGUGAUUGGGCGGAUGAGGUCGCCGUCAAGAACUUUGGAGGUCGGAAUGAGAAACCUAAGGCAGCCAAAAUGUAG